UGCUCCCAGACCUUAUAGAUCCAGUUGAGCCUGAGAGAGCGGACAGACACUUUUCAUUUGUUUACCUUCAUGCGUUAAGAUUACGAACCAAGUGGCAGUCUGGACUUCGCCUUUACAGCUCUUUGUUCCGUUUUAUUUAUUUAUUUAUUUAGUUUUAGGGUUUGAACGUUGAGCAAGUCUGUCCCGUCGCCUGAGGACGUGUCAGGAUUUUUUGAGGAGUCGUGUUAAAGUUUUUUGUUUUUAACUGGUUUUUGUCGAACAUUCAACAACAUGAACGUCUUUCGUCUGGCCGGUGACGUGUCACAUCUGUUGGCUAUCAUCAUCCUCUUAAUGAAGAUGUGGAGUACCAGAUCCUGUGCUGGCAUCUCUGGGAAGUCUCAGGUGCUGUUUGCACUUGUCUUCACUACCAGAUACCUUGACUUGUUCACUAUCUUCAUUUCUCCUUACAACACAAUCAUGAAGGUGGUGUUCCUGGCUCUGUCCUAUGCCACCGUCUACAUGAUCUACAUGCGCUUCAGGAAGACAUACGACUCGGAGAAUGACUCGUUCCGUGUGGAGUUUCUGUUGGUGCCAGUCAUCGGCCUGUCCUUCCUGGAACACUAUGCUUUCACCCCAAUGGAGAUCCUGUGGACCUUCUCCAUCUUCCUGGAGGCGGUGGCCAUAAUGCCGCAGCUCUUCAUGAUCACCAAGACCGGCGAGGCAGAGUCCAUCACCACCCACUACUUGUUCUUCCUCGGCCUAUACCGAGCCCUCUACAUAGCCAACUGGGUGUGGCGUUACCACACCGAGGGCUUCUUCGACCAGAUCGCUGUGGUGUCUGGUGUUGUGCAGACCAUCUUCUACUGCGACUUCUUCUACCUUUACUUCACAAGGGUUCUUCGAGGGAGUGCAAAGAUGAGCCUGCCGAUGCCCGUUUAAAAUGCCUCCUCUCCACUGUGCCUGCUACAGUUCAGCAUCUGAACACAGACCCUGCCCUUCAACUGUACAUGUCUUUAGCAAUGGGACUUAUGGUCUGACAUCGCUCCGUUGACCGAAAACUAGCGCACCUCUAAAAAUUGAAUAUCUGUGUGAUUCUUUUUUUGUGUGUGAGUCUGUGUUUUCUCAAGUGUGUGUACACAUGUGUGUGUUCAUACAUGCUGUUGUGGUUGAAAGUCUGUGAUGUAUGUUCAGGGUUUUUUUUUUUUUUUUUUCUGUAUGAAGCAAAUGUGACACAGGAAAUGUGUCCCUGAUGUGCAUGUGGAGCUUAAAUUUGUGCGACCUUGCAACACUAUGAAACUUUUUGUCUUUACUUUUCUUUUAAUGUGCAGAGAGAGACUGUCGAGACAAUUGAAUGCAGUUUGUGACAUUUAUUUAGUUUGAUACAAGCUGUUGUAAAAAUCCACAGAAAUGUAAAUGAGGAUAGCUGUACAGCUCUCAGGUAGAUUGUAGCUUUAGUUUUCACACAGUACAGUUCGAGAUACAGAGUGUCCACUCCAGUUUCAUGUCUAAGCUUCUUACACUUUAUCCAAUCACCAUUGUGUCUUUGAGUCUUGUCUGAGGACAAAUACUGGACAUAUUUAUCAUUUCUAAUCUUCCACAAAGUUGCUUCCUCUCUGGUUCUGUAAUGUCAGACAGUCCUUAGCUCAUUGUAUUAUGUGCAAACUUUUUCCCCCUUAUUGCCAAGUAUAUUACUUUUAUAUAUUCCUCUUCAUUUGUAGUCUUUUGUAUUUCAAUGUAUUUCUUUUUCAUGGGAGAAAAAAGGGCUAAACAUUUUGUUGUGUGAUAAAUGAAGCCAAAGAUAGAAACAAAUGUGUUCAUCUUUAUGAAAUGUUUACCUUGACCAAACUGUCUUGUUUUUUAAGGGAUAAAGUAUGAAAAUAUCAAUAUAGAAAGUUGACUUUCUGUUAUAGAGUAACUUGUUGUUGACACUUA